UUUUCGGUAAUAUUCGACUGUUGUUUUGAGAAUUGAUAUACGUUUAAGAACUAACAAGGUAUAUUAUUCUGUUUUAUAAUGACUUCUAAUGUCUGGUAUAUUAUUUUAAGUUUAUUAGUGUCUAUGAUUGUUGCAUUUGACGAAGUUAACCUCACUCAGCAAAACAAGGAAAAUAUUCUGUGCCGCGGUUGUGGUCUAGAAAUUUCAACAAGUAGCGAUAUAUUUUUGAAGUCUAGUGCAAAGUCUCGUUACUCUUUCUAUGACACACUAUAUGGCAAAGACGAUGUCUUAGUGCAGAUUUUUACUACUGACGUGUUCUUUCAUUAUCCUGUGAUAACUUUCAAACAAUCUACCUGUGUUCCUACUGGGGAGUGGGAAGAAACUACAUCUUGGUUUCCCGAUUAUCUUUGGAAGCCAUGUGUUUGUUCAGAGUGUGGAGCAUUUGUUGGAUUUGUUUUUAAGCCCGUGUACUCUAGUGUGGGCGCUGCAAAUAACCAAUUUUAUGGUCUUGUUCUAACAACUGUAAUCAGUGAAAAUUUUCUUGACUUUAUAACUGAGUACCCUGCUAACAUAUCAAAUUAAAAUGGCUGCUGAUACAUUAUCAGCUGAAGAUAAAGAAUUUUUAGCCAAAUGCGAGGAAGAACUGAAAGAUAGAUUUACUGAGAAAGAUGUUGAUUUUAUGAAAGUUUUUGAUGAAUUGCCUUCCACGCCACCUGUGUUAGACUCAUGGUGGGUUCCUAACUCGGGUCGCCGUAACAACGACCGCCGCGGUAACAGACGCAACCAUCCUUACCAGCGGGACAAUAACAGAGAUCGGAAUUAUGGCCGGCGCGACAACAGAGGAUACAACGACUACUCCAACUACGACGACAGUUCCUCCGGAUACCGGCCUCGGCACAGAUACCAAUACUGAUGACAUCUACACAUACUGCCAUCUUCUAUUGAAGAUGUAUUAUAUUCCUAAUGUAUUUACUUAUUAUAAAAAUAAAACAAUUUCUUUCUCAAAAGAAUAUAUUCUCAAUUA